AUGAUACAACUUAAAAUUUUGCUAUGGAUUACCAUGCUCGUCAGCUACUGGUCACUAUCAAAUGCAAUUGUGCUUGCUAACUUCCGACGACAGGCUCUUGACGAGCAUAACACUCUGCGUCGUCUCCACUGUACUGGUGCAAUGGUAUUGAAUUCGUCUCUGAACAGUCGAGCUCAAAACUAUGCGAAUUAUUUAGCGCGAAACAAACUGUUUCAACAUAGCGGUGCGCCAGGAUUAGGUGAAAAUCUCUGGUCGUCGUGGUCACCAGUACCACUAAUUCUUGUCAACGCACCAACUGUAUCUUGGUAUAGUGAAAUAAAAUCGUACAAGUAUCGUUCACCAGGUUUCUCGCCAGCCACCGGCCAUUUCACACAGGUAAUUUGGAAAAGUUCGACUCAGCUUGGUAUAGGCAUUGCCUUUGCAAACAAUAACACAAACGUUUAUGUCGUUGCAAAUUAUUAUCCACCAGGAAACGCUCUUGGAUCGUUUCCAGCUAAUGUACUCCGACUUUGUUCCGGAGCAACAAAACCUGUGCAAAGAACAACAACCCGACGAACAAUAAAAACAACAGCGACUAUAAAACGGGGCCUUUGA